CGGGCCUUUGUACAGCGCGGAACGCGGAUAAAUUGCUAGGGUUUUAACUAAUUUAUUUCGAGGCUUUAUUUCCGGUGGAAGAGUGAAGAAAAUGUUGACAACAUGCCUCGCGUUUGUGCUGGUAGUUUGCGCAUGCGUGUAUACAGCUGAAGCAGCUCUCGGUGACACUUGUACAAUUGAAGCCAACUGUACGAAUGUGACCAACGCAGACUGUCUCGACGGAAAGAAUGGCAGCAAGACCUGUCAGUGCAAAGCUCCUCAGUUCAAAAAGGUGAUGAUGAUCUGUAAAGAAGUUAUGGGGUCAUCGUGUACGGUUGCGACAGCGGCGACUGAAUGCACAGUUCCCUACUCGGAUUGUCAGAACAAUGCUACUUGUUCAUGCAAAACUUCAUACUUCAAGAAAACGUCCAUGUGCGUAGAAGGUAUUGGUGCACCCUGUACAGACAACGCGAAUUGCAGCAAUGUGGUCAACGCAGUUUGUUCCUCAAGCAAAUGUGGUUGUAAGCCAUUCUACAGAAACGCGGGUGUUGACUCCUGCACUAAGGUUUUGGACAGUACAUGUACGGCAACAGAGAAUUGCAGUAGCGUAGCAAAUUCCAUUUGCACAACUGGCUCAUGCAAAUGCAAGAGCAUGUACAAGGCAAUGACUGACCAUUGUAUGCCUGUUCUGGACAGUCAAUGUACGGCACCAGAGAAUUGCAGUAGCGUAGCACAUUCCACUUGCUUAGAUGGUAUAUGCAAAUGCAUGAGCAUGUACAAGCCGAUGGAUGACCACUGUAUGGUUAGUAGCGCCGGUGUCCUUUCGGUUGGAAUCGUCGCUAUGGCAACAUGCUUUAUAGCACUCCUGAUGGGUCAGAAGACGCAAGGACGUUGUUAACGCAGCGGAGGGUUACACUGUCAAUAAAUUAAGCUAUAUUCAUCUCACCUGCAUAGCAUGUUGUAAAUAAAUGAUUUAAAGAAGCGUCACAAAAUGACCCAGUCCAAACUAUACGAUGCGUGUAUUUGUUACCCUUUAUUCAUUUAAAGUAAGAAUAUCAAUUACAUCAAUGAUAUGCAAUCUUACAAAUUACACCUCUGACAUAAAGGAGCAUCCUUUUUAUAAAGAUGUGCCGAUUUCAGCUUCUAAUGCCCAGUUACAAUAUGUAGGCAAACGGAUAUAAUAACGCACUAACGAAUAAGUUAGCCCCAAUUAAAUUAAUUUCUAUGUAAACAGUGUAAAGCUCAUGCGCAGAAACAAAAACGGAUGUUGGCGUGUGUUUAUAAUAAAAAUGUUUUGACAAAAUUUAAAAUGCUGUAGGCAGUCAAUUAAAAAAGUUAAAUUCAAAUCCCUAUACCUACAUUUUGUUACUAUAUCAUAGUUUGGUAAUUGAUAGUCCAACUUUAAAAGAUAAUUAUGUAACUAUGAAACAAUCAUUCCGGCAAUUGUAGACGUUACGAGUACGUGCAAUCGUGCUAAAGCCUAUCACACCAUUGCGUUUUCUUGUAUAUGUAUACAUGUAAUGCUAUGUGUGUAUCAUAUUUGAUUGUGCAUAUGUUCGUAUCAGAUUAUGUUGCCAUUUGGCGAUAAACUGUCUUCGGUGUAUGGGUAUAAUUAAAAAUGCGAAAUAUAUACCAAUUGAUUAUUAAGUCUAAAACGUUUCUGGAGGUAUAUUCAUAACACAAUAUGUAAAUCCGGUACUGUAUGAACAUUUUUGUUUAAAUACUGCAAGUAUGUAUGAUAAACUGAGUAAGACGAUAUCCCUGAUUCUGAUGACCUUUGGACUUCAGACGCAUGUUGACCACAGAGAGAAUUGAAUCGGGAUAUGAUUGCAAGUGGACAUAUGAUGUGUGUAUUAUGUUUGUGUGUGUUUCUUUACAAUUAUAUAAUCUCUGUGUAUAGCAAAAUAGCAUAUAUUGGUUCAGAAUAAAAGUCAAUAAAAUG